CGCUCUUCGAUGCUUCGACACAUCACUCAUUUUAAGCACCUGGAUGACAGCAGACAGUAGUUUCUCACAGGGAGUCUGGACACCAACAUUUCUGGCUCAGCAUUUUGCCGUUGACAACUUUGAAACUUCGAAAAUGGAGAAUCGCUCCAUUAUCAUCUAAACCCUCCCUAGGUUCCAGUUGGGUGAAAAAUACAAGAGCGCAGCGCGGCGCGGCGCGGCGAGAAGCGGAGCGGAGCGGUUCGCCUGGCUGGCAUGGAGCUCAAAUCACUGCGAUCCUAAUUAAACGUUAACAAAGACUCGGACUGAUACAAAAUCAAGCUCCAGGAAGGAGAAAAAAGUCCAAACAUCGGUUCUGAUUCCAGGCGGCAGGAGCCUGAGUGGAAAACUUGGCUUUCGCUCUUUGCCAUGAAACAUGAUGAAUGAAAGCAGUGAAGUUGGAGGCUUGCAGCCUCACUGGAACUUCAGCGGGUCGUUAGGUAAUCAGUCAGCUGACCUGUUUUCCAACAUCUCCUGUAAUGAGUCGACCAACAGUUCCACGUCCUGCUCUCUUCCUGACAACAAUUCAAGCCAUGGAAGUUCAUAUAAAACCUUAGAGAUGUUUUUUAUUGCUUUGGUGACUGGAUCUCUGAGCUUUGUGACGGUGACCGGAAACAUAUUAGUCAUGCUGUCCAUCAAAGUGAACCGCCACUUACAGACUGUCAAUAACUAUUUUUUAUUUUCCCUGGCCUGUGCUGACCUGAUCAUUGGAGUUUUCAGCAUGAACUUAUACACAGUCUACAUCAUUGUUGGCUCCUGGCCACUGGGACCGGUCGUCUGCGAUCUGUGGCUAGCUUUAGAUUAUGUCGUUUCGAACGCUUCUGUGAUGAACUUAUUGAUCAUCAGCUUUGAUCGCUAUUUCUGCGUGACCAAACCCCUGACGUAUCCCACCAGAAGGACAACCAAGAUGGCAGGACUAAUGAUCGCUGCUGCUUGGAUCCUGUCGUUCAUCUUGUGGGCUCCAGCCAUCUUGUUCUGGCAGUUCAUUGUCGGGGAGCGAACAGUGCCAGCAGGAGAAUGCUACAUUCAGUUCCUUUCUAACCCUGCAGUGACCUUUGGGACGGCUAUAGCUGCCUUCUAUCUGCCUGUCGUUAUUAUGACAGUAUUAUACAUCAACAUCUCCUUGGCUUCCAGGAGCAGAGUCUCCAAACACAAACUUGAGAAGAAAGAGAAGAAGGGAAUCAAACCUCCCAACCUGCUAAAGAGUCACAUGAUAAAACAAAACAACAACAACGAUACCAGCCCUCAAGUCAGUCCUCGCUCCACUCCCAAGGCCAGCCUGGACUCCACCACCACUGCUCUGGAUGGAGUAAAGAACGGCCAGGUGGAGGAACUGAAACCUUCCCAAGCCGAAGCCCUGGGGCACCCCAGUCCCAGACUGGCACAGGAGGAGAAGGAGAGUUCCAACGACUCGUCCACAGCUUUUAUCCCUCCAACAGAACCAAACGCUAAGAGCGAGGCAACGAUUGAGGCAGCUACAAAUCCCAAUCCAGUUGUUACGACAACGUCCAACUCUGCUCUUACCAAGAUGAACCCAUCGUCAAGGUGGUCCAAGAUAAAGAUAGUAACGAAGCAGGCGGGCGACGAAUGCAUCACAGCAAUAGAGAUCGUCCCGCCAGUGGAGGGAGCGGAGAGGCGCUCCAUCCCAAUCAGCCGCCCCAGAACUGUGGCUAGAAAAUUUGCCAGCAUCGCAAGAAGCCAAGUGAAGAGGAAAAGACAAAUGGCUGCCAGAGAAAAGAAAGUAACCAAGACCAUCUUUGCCAUCCUCCUGGCUUUCAUCAUUACAUGGACACCGUAUAAUGUCAUGGUGCUGAUAUCCACCUUCUGUCAGUCCUGUGUCCCUGACACUGUGUGGGCGAUUGGCUACUGGCUGUGUUAUGUCAACUCCACCAUCAACCCAGCUUGUUACGCACUGUGCAAUGCCACAUUCAAAAAGACUUUCAAAAACCUGCUGCUGUGCCAGUAUAAAAAUAUAGGUACGAGAUGAGAUGAA